CGCCGCCUUUCCUCGCCUCCCUUUCGGCUCGCCCGCGGCCAUGAGCGUGGUGGAUCAUGUGCGGGAGAUGGCGGCCGCCGGGCUCCACUCCAACGUGCGGCUCCUCAGCGGGCUCCUGCUCACCAUGAGCGGCAACAACCCUGAGUUGUUUUCCCCGUCGCAGAAGUAUCAGCUUCUUGUGUAUCACGCAGAUUCUCUCUUCCAUGACAAGGAAUACCGAAAUGCCGUCAGUAAGUAUACCAUGGCUUUGCAGCAGAAGAAAGCGCUGAGUAAAACUUCGAAAGUCAGACCUUCAACUGGGAACGCGGCGUCUACUCCUCAGAGCCAGUGUCUGCCUUCUGAAAUCGAAGUGAAAUACAAAAUGGCAGAGUGCUAUACAAUGUUGAAGCAAGACAAAGAUGCCAUCGCUAUACUUGAUGGAAUCCCUUCAAGACAGAGAACCCCUAAGAUUAACAUGAUGCUGGCAAACUUGUACAAGAAGGCAGGCCAGGAACGCUCCUCUGUGACAAGUUACAAAGAAGUGCUGAGGCAGUGCCCACUCGCGCUGGAUGCCAUCUUGGGCUUGUUGUCACUCUCAGUGAAAGGUGCAGAAGUGGCCUCCAUGACGAUGAAUGUGAUCCAGAGUAUCCCAAACCUGGACUGGCUUUCGGUGUGGAUCAAGGCAUAUGCUUUUGUGCACACGGGUGAUAACACCCGAGCCAUCAACACCAUCUGCUCAUUGGAGAAGAAGUCACUUCUGAGGGAUAAUGUGGAUAUUCUGGGGAGUUUAGCAGAUCUGUAUUUCAGAGCCGGUGACAAUAAGAACGCAAUUCUAAAAUUUGAACAAGCACAGAUGUUGGAUCCAUAUUUAAUAAAAGGGAUGGACGUCUAUGGUUACCUGUUAGCCCGUGAAGGUCGCCUGGAGGAUGUAGAGAAUCUAGGCUGCCGUCUCUUCAACAUCUCUGAUCAGCACGCCGAGCCUUGGGUGGUAUCAGGGUGCCACAGUUUCUACAGCAAGCGCUACUCCCGGGCCUUGUAUUUGGGAGCCAAAGCCAUUCAGCUGAACAGCAACAGUGUGCAGGCGCUGCUGCUGAAAGGCGCUGCGCUUCGGAACAUGGGGCGGGUGCAGGAAGCCAUCAUACACUUCCGCGAAGCAAUACGGCUCGCGCCUUGUCGGCUGGACUGCUAUGAAGGUCUUAUUGAAUGCUACUUGGCAUCCAACGGUCUCCGUGAAGCCACGGUGAUGGCUAAUAACGUGUACAAAACCCUGGGAGCCAACGCACAGACUCUUACUCUCUUGGCAACUGUUUGCCUGGAAGAUCCAGUUGCGCAGGAAAAAGCAAAGACACUGCUGGACAAAGCCUUGACGCAGCGCCCUGAUUACAUCAAAGCCGUGGUGAAGAAGGCGGAGCUUCUCAGCCGAGAACAGAAAUACGAAGAGGGAAUUGCUCUGCUGCGGAAUGCCCUGGCCAACCAGAGUGACUGCAUUCUCCAUCGCAUGUUAGGGGACUUCCUCGUGGCUGUGAAUGAGUACCAGGAGGCCAUGGACCAGUACAGCAUUGCUCUCAGUUUGGAUCCCAAUGAUCAGAAGUCACUGGAGGGAAUGCAGAAAAUGGAAAAAGAAGAAAGUCCAACAGACGCCACCCAGGAGGAGGAUGUGGAUGACAUGGAAGGGAGUGGAGAGGAAGGGGAUCUCGAAGGGAGUGACAGCGAGGCCGCCCAAUGGGCCGACCAGGAGCAGUGGUUUGGCAUGCAGUGAGGCAGGCCGCCUCCGAGGUGACCGGGAGUCAUGGCACUUGGUGGGCUUGACCCGAGAUGUCCUGCUUCUCCCUGGCAUGAAGAAUCCCAAGGCCAGAGAGCACCGCUGCCAAAACUGGACUGAGGCCAUGAUCCAAAGCAGCUGAGCAAUUUGGGGGGGAAACCAGCAGCACCACCCCGUUCUUUUUCUGCUUUCUGAGCUCAAUGCUCCUUAUUUAAUGAGACAGCUGAGCCACUUCAAUGGAUUGGUGGUGGGCAGGCAUCGGUGUCAAACUGCAACGUAGAGUUCUCGUUUCUAAAAUUAGACGCUUGUAAACGUAUUAUAAAGCAUUUCUCAAUCA